AUGGUGUCUCGCGCGGAGGGUCAUGGCUUUCCAGUCAGGAACGAUGAGUUCAUGACAAGUUAUGAGAACCUCUCAAGGGUGCAGCGGACUCUGAGACUGGACAAGGCGGCUAGUGAAAGCCUCUCAACUGAGUACAACAAGGUCUCCCGUGCAAACAGGCCCAAGUCUUCCAUCUUCGAUGUGUUCAAGUUCAAAGGACACUCAGCAGACAGCAAGAGAUCACUGGCUGCCGGAUACACCUCGACCACCAGCGCCUGUUGCGCAGGAAACAUCGAGACAUGGGAUGAAGUAAAGGCAGGAUACAUGUCACUCUCAUACUACUGCAUCUUCUUCAUCGUCUUCCUUGCAGUCUUGUCCUUGCAGAACAUUCCUACAGAUGCGUACGAUAUCGGCCAAAGUGUCCGGGGAACAGUCUUCAGCGAGGACUUGGACCUUACAGGGGUGACGGAUUACUUGACCUUGUGGGAUUAUCUGAUCGGAGAGGAAGAGGCCCAACCCGCGGAUCCGACUGUAGCCUACACUCAGUACGCACAGACAGACUCGCCUGGCGCUUCCUCCAAGGGAGGGCUUCUCGGCAAGAUUUUCAUGGCGCAGUACUACAACGACGAGCUGAUACCCGAGAGAGACCUGGGCUACGGCAUCACCUACAUGAACCGACUGGUUGGGGGCCUGCUCAUAGUCCAGCAGAGGUCUGAUUACGACAACAAGACUCGCUCCUCUUCGCGGUAUAGCCAGUGGUACCUUCCCUUCAUCUCCCGCCAGGAGUCCAGGGCAGACUUUGGGCUGGCUGUCUCCCCUCCAAGUGUCCAGGACCUAGGGCUUGUCGACGCUCGAUUCUCCAACAACCAGGACGUGCUGGCACAGGCGGACGUGAAGCGGCAGGAGGUGCUUGACUGCUUCAGGUAUCAGGAGAGCAUCGGCGGGUACGGGAAGCUCUUCAGGGCGUCGGUGGAGCGAGACGUGCACAUGGAACUAGCGUGGAGGCUCAGAGAUUCGCUCUGGAUCGACCAGCACACGAGGAGCAUUGAGGUCAAGUUCGCUCUCUACAACGGCAACUAUAACAUAUUCACCUUCUGCAAGCUCACCGUCCGCUUCUCUCCCAGCGGCGGCAUCGACCGGCUCGACACGACGCCCUAUUCCCUCGUCACGUCGGGGAUACGAAUGGAACCGUACGCGGGCAGCGGGGGAACGAGGCUGCUGCUUGUGGAGCUGCUCUUCUCCCUCAUGAUAGGAUACCAGGUGGGCGAAAUUUUCGUCACGGCCGCUCAGAAGCUAAGUAGCUCAAGGAGAAGCUUCUUUGCUUUCCUUACCUCCUUCUGGACCCUCCUGGACAUUGUCAACCUCUUCCUCUUCAUCUACUCUAUAGUCAACCGAUAUCAGUUCAUCGUCCACCUGCUGCAAAACCCCAUCAAACUCCCUUGCAACCAGUACGAGCCCAUCCUGGAGGCCACCAGCAACAUGCAGCAGAAGCAGCUGCAGCUCAACGGCAUCAACAUCUUCCUGUGCUUGCUGCGCUUCUUCUCCUUCUAUCGCUUCCAAGACAAACUCAACGUUCUCACCCUCACCUUCCAGAUUGCCUGGGUCGACAUCUAUCACUUCGGCAUGCAGCUGGGCGCGGCCUUCAUCCUCUGCGCCCUGAUGGGCUUCUUUCUCUUCGGCUCCAGCACCGCUUCCUACUACCGCAUGGACUUGGCGCUUACGUCAAUCUUAGAGAUGUGCGUCAACAACUACGACCUCCCAGCGCUCCGACGAGCUUCGCCGCUUCUUGCCGAUGCCUUCAUGCUGUUCGUCUCCAUCUUCAUCGCUCAGAUUUUCCUAGGCUGCUUGCUCGCCAUCCUCAUGUCCUCCUUCUCCAAAGCUGUCACGGGGCCCAACUCCGACGGUUCCGACGGCAUCAGUUUCACCAUCGGCCAGCAGCUCGGCCAGGCUCUCUCCCGCCUCUACUUCGCGUACCAGCAGAAGUUCGGCAAGGAGCAGCAGCGACCGCAGGAGGGGGAAAGAACGUCCAGGAUGCUGGUGAAGAUGUGCGAAGAGCUGCUGCAGGAGGGCGUGGAGGCCUUGAGCAAGGGCGAGCUGGCCGCCAGGAUGAGGAUAGAGCAGGACGUGCCGGAGGACAGAGCGAAAGAAAUCAACCAGCAGCUGCAUACACACAGCUUCUGGUUCGUUCACACUGAGCCUCCUCCCAAGAACGUUACAGGCUUUCGUGAUGACGUGGACUUUGGGGACGAGCAGCUAUGGGACGAGGUGGAACUUCUACAGUCGGAGAACGAGCGUCUGCGCCAGCAGCUCAAGUUGUUCAGCACAGACACUCCAAACGCACAGGACGCAGAAGCUUCAGACAAGCAUCUUACGCACAAGACAGGCUACUUGAGGAAGAAGGGAGGAUACGGGGGAGGGUCCCAGUGGAUCGCUGAGGGGAGCAAGCAACUCAGCGGGCUCAAGUGGGAGUGGAGAUGGUUCUGCAUCACUCCGAAGUACAUCUCCUUCUACAAGAACCACAACCAGACAACUCCUGCCUUCAUUAUGUCCUGGGUCGAGAUGGUCAACAUCGAGAUCGACGCUCAGCCGCAAUCUUCGUCCCUUGACAGCAGCGCGAUAGGAGAAACCCCACAGAAAGCUUGUUUAGGCUUCGCCCUGAUCUUCAACACAUGCAGGGUGGAGGUGAUGUGUUAUGACUUCAGGGAGCGCGCAGACUGGCUGGUGUCCAUCAAGGAGUGUAUCGACGAGCUUGUGCAGCAAGGAAAGGACAGGUACUUCCUCCUCAAGAAUCGCAAGAGCUCGAUUGCAAGGAUGGACGCUAGAUGA